AUGCUGAGAGGAGCGACGACAGGGGUGCGCCGGGAUGGGCAGCGUGAGGCGAGGAAGGCGGGCGUGGCGCGGGCAGCAGGGGGCGUGGCUCGCGGGCGGGGCGCGGGGCCUGCGGCUUUAAUUUUUGGCGGGAUUUCAGUCUUGGGCGUGUCUAACUUGCCGUGGGCGUGCCCGCGGCUCUAUGGGCGUGGCCUCCGCCGGCCCGCGCAGAUUCAAUUAUUUUCCUUUUUUAUUUUUUUGGCCGGGAUUUCUGGCUGUGGGCGUGGCUACUCCACCAGGGCGUGGCCUGCCUGGGGCGUGGUCUCGCGUCCCGUGGGCGUGGCCGCCCGUCACUGCGCUCGAUCAACUGAAAUCUUUUUCCAGUCUGGCGGGGAUUCCCCGGGUGGGCGUGGCCCCGCCCCGGCCCCGCCCCGCAGCCGCGCCCGUCAAUCACUGGCCAUGGCGCGCGUCUGCAUCGCGGUCUUGGCGCUGUUGCUGCUGCUCGGGGCGUCGCCGCGCGGCGGGGGUGAGACCGGGGUCGCGGGGGGGUCACGGGGUCACGGGAAGCGGGUGGGGGGCCUCUCGGGGGUCGCGCUCGCCGCCGGAGCCAUCCCCCGGCCGCAGCUCCGCCGGGAACGCACGCUGGUUCAGUCCCGGUCAUUCCCCUGCCGCAGCCCCUCCCGGAGCUCGCGCAAAGAGCCGGAGGGUCAGCCACUCCCCUGCUGUAGAUCCGCCGCCGGGGACGCGCAGUCACGGUCAACCCCCUGCCGCAGCUCCGCUGCCGCCGCUAGCGGGCCACUGCCGGGCCGCCGCCCGCUGUUUUCUCCAGCUGCAGGCAGGGCGGGGCCGCGGGCAGGGCGGGGCCGGGGGAAUCCCCGGGGCGAGGCGCGUGCGUGCUCGGGCGGGGACGGAGUGCGGCCCGGGGAUGCUCCCGGAGCAGCGGCCGGGGAGUGGCCGGGAUGGCGAGCAGCGGACAACGACUUCCGGCUGGAGGACGGGCUGCCUGACGCUGACAAGAAGCCAACGCCCAAGGCCCCGACCCCGAAAAGGCCGUCAGCCGACCUCGACCUUUCGGACGCCCUGCCUGACGGUGGAGUCGGCGAUGAUGGUGGCAGCGAGAAGCCGGGCCGACCCCGGAAGCCGCCCACGCCGGACGUGAAGCCGCCUCGGACACAGGGAGACUCAGGAUCCUUUGGUGACCGCGACCUGGAGGACGUCGCUGGCAAAGGCGGGGCGGAGACGGAGGGCGCACCGCAGGGCCUGGUCCCGGGCGUGGUCGCCGCUGUCGUGGCCGCCGUGGCCGGCGCCGUCUCGAGCUUCGUCGCCUACCAGAAGAAGAAGCUGUGCUUCCGGGAGGGCGGCGGCUCCGCCCCCGUGUGAGGCCCAGCGUAGCCCAGGCUGCCUCUGCGCUCAGUGAUGUCACGGCGAUGACGUCAUCACCCACACCGGGGACCGCGCUGGCCGUGACUCUGGCGUUGGCCGUGACGCUGCAAGUGACAUCAUCAGUGCCCGCCAGGGACGGCCCCGCCCUCAGACCUGGAGGCCACUGCGACGUCGCUCCGACCCCCGCUGACCUCGAGACUGCCAUUCGCGGGCAUCCCCCUGCUUCAGCGCUGCGGGUGGGGCUGGGUGGGGGCGGGGG